AUGUCAGCCAUACCCUACAUCCGCUCUGUGCGUGGGUCCUCACUCCUCCGCAUUGGAGGUAUCCAAUCGCACCACAUCACGCAACCCUCCAUACAGCGACUGGUUCCGGUCUCUCGGGCUUUACACAGCUUAUCCAGCUCUAACAAACUACGAGCUAGCCCAAUUCUAUUCCAAUCGCGAUCCUCAAUCCGAUCAUCACUUCCCAAACCCACAGCGAGAACAUACGCCGACCGAAAAGGAUCCACCGGCAAAGCCGAAGCGGACCUCCUAGUUGAGGAACUCCAAGAGCUCUACGAAGUCGCCAAAGACGAGUUCGAAAUUGCCACGGAGAGCACCGACUCAUCUACCAUCUACGCUGCUUCAGACCGCGAAUCUGCCCGCGAUGCUCUCAACCAGCUGUCCACUGUGUACGCCCUCUACACUGCUCGUCCUGGGGAGGUUGAAAAUGAGACGGAUGAAUUACUCUCUGCUGGAGAGGAGGCCGGAGAGAGUGCUAUUGUCGAGACACAGUACAAUCCGGCAGAGGUCCCGCAGGGUGUGAAGGAUGAGGUACGUCGGCGGGUUGGACAUCGGAUUCGGGAGUUGAAGAAUGCUGUUGAGGCGCUUGAGCAGAGGGCUACGGAAGAUUGA